AGCGGCGAUUGGCCGCGCAGCUGAACGUCACACCGUGCGCCGCGUUGCGUCACGCCAGGCGCCGGCGCGGUGUGGGCGGCCAGGUUGUGCUCGGUGGCGCGGAGCGGGGCCCGGCCGCCGCGGCCGCUCCUUCCCCGCGGCGGUGGCAUGGCGGAGCCGGGCGGCGGGGGAGAGGAGGAGGAGGGCGGGGAGGAGGCGGCGGCGCCGGCCCCCAAGAAGCGUCGGUUGGCGGCCGGGGAGCGCUACGUGCCGCCGCCGCGGAAGCUGAGCACCGGGGUGAGCUUCGGAGCGGAGCACUUCGCCGAGACCUCCUACUACUUCGAGGGAGGGCUGCGCAAGGUGCGGCCCUACUACUUCGAUUUCCGCACCUACUGCAAGGGCCGCUGGGUGGGCCGCAGCCUCCUGCACGUCUUCAGCACCGAGUUCCGCGCACAGCCCCUCGCCUACUACCGGGCCGCCGCCCGCGCAGGCCGCCUCCGCCUCAACGAGGAGCCCGUGCGCGACCUGGACAUCGUGCUCAAGAAUAAUGAUUUUCUCAGGAAUACGGUGCAUCGCCACGAGCCGCCGGUCACUGCCCAGCCUAUCCAGAUCUUGGUGGAGAACGAUGAGGUGGUGGUUGUGGACAAACCCUCCUCUUUGCCAGUACAUCCCUGCGGCAGGUUUCGUCACAACACGGUCAUCUUCAUCCUAGGCAAAGAGCACGAUCUGAAGGAGUUGCAUACCAUUCACCGACUCGAUCGCAUGACCUCAGGAGUACUUAUGUUUGCCAAGACCGCAGAGGUAUCCAAGAGGAUCGAUGAGCAGGUUCGGGAGAGACAGCUGGAAAAGGAGUAUGUCUGUCGUGUGGUGGGGGAGUUCCCAGAGCACGAAGUCGUCUGUGAAGAGCCCAUACUGGUGGUUUCUUACAAAGUGGGAGUGUGCCGCGUGGACCCCAAAGGGAAAUUCUGCAAAACCAUCUUCCAGAGACUCAGCUACAACGGCCAGACCAGCGUAGUCAAGUGUCUUCCACGCACCGGCCGCACGCACCAGAUCCGGGUCCACUUGCAGUAUUUGGGGCAUCCUAUUGUCAACGACCCCAUCUAUAAUAUGGAAGCCUGGGGCCCUGACAGGGGGAAAGGAGGCAAGAUCGGUAAAACGGAUGAAGAACUCCUUAAGGCACUAGUAGAGGAGCAUCGCUCCAAACAGAGCCUGGAUAUCUUGGGUAUUUCGGAGGAGGACUUGAACUCCAAUGCUGAAAAUAAAGACUGUGGUAAUUCAAGUGACUGCACAAAGUCUGCGCGGGCUGAUUCUAUAAAUGAGAACUCCUGCCCUGCCGAGGACGGUAAGGAUCCUGCUAAGGAUCCUGAGAGAAAUGAUGUAACAGCUUGUCCGCUGAACUCUGAUACUAACCUGGAAACACUUGAAAAAAAUAACGAACUUGGUUCGUGUGAGAAUCAGGACGGGCAAACGGGAGAAGGGAGUUCAGAAGAGAAGGACCCGUUGUGCGUCGAGUGUAGAAUGAGAAGGCGGGACCCGUCUCCCAAGGAGCUGGUGAUGUACCUGCACGCCUUGCGCUACAAGGGAGCAGAGUUUGAGUAUUGCUCCAGGAUGCCCGAGUGGGCGAUGGAAGACUGGGAGGAAUGACGGAGGGCAUCUGAUGCCUGUGGCCAGGGCAGCGUCCUGCAAAGACCGAAGACUGACUCUUUCACUGUGGUUGAGGUGAACAAAGUGCCCAGGACUCGAGGUGGGGUGGGAAGGAUUUGCCUUUUGCCACAACCUCUGGGUCUGCUGUCGAUUAUCCACGCAGAUAAUUAAGUGCACGCGCUUAAAAGUUGGCAACUGGUUGUUCUUCUGGCCUGCUAUGUUCCUGUACCUUACAAUAAGAGCUGCUGGAAUGUCUUUCAAUGUGCUGGAUGUCAUGUCAUACAUAAAACUAUUUUUACUGUAUUUUGUUGUCGGACUGAUUUUAAAACUCACAUGUUAUCACUGAGAGCACUGUAAGGUGAAAACAGCACACUGUGAAGCUGAUCCACUUUGUGCUUACUGUUUGCCAGCAACGUAGACUUUGCUUUGAAAUUGCUCUUUCAGUAUUUGUUCAAAUAAUUACUUCAAGUUAGUAACUCUAGGGACCAGUCUCUUUAUAUUGGGCCCAUUUUUGGAGGUACUAGUCCCCAGAUUUUGUCCUUAUGAGAUUUAUAAGGAGACUGAUUUACAAGGUGAUUUUUUUUUUUUGCCUUUCUGUUCUGCUGCUUCCCCAGUGACAUAUCUCCUGCCUUCCCAAAAACAUCUGGCUUCUCUUGUGAGAACCCAUUGACCUCCAUCCCUUAUGACUCAUUAGGAACUUUAUACUUGAGGAAAAAUCCAAAGUAGAGGUCAGGCUGCCAACUUCUUCUUUUUUU